AUGUUCCUGUCGCCGUCGCUCCUCCUUGCCGGAUUCCUAGUGUCUCCGAGACUGGCCGCGGCCCUUCAGUCAGGCUUGCAAAACAUCCUGAAGAAUACUCAUGGUAGUGAAGAAUAUGGAUAUCCGACAGAUCUAACAAGAGGAAUAAUGCCUAUCCCAGUGCAUUCCCACAAUGAUUAUUGGAGAGACGUACCUUUCUACACCGGCCUCUCGAGGGGAUGUAUUUCCACAGAAGCUGAUGUGUGGCUGUACAAUGACACCCUUUAUGUCGGACAUGACGAGUCUUCCUUGACUGAAAAGCGGACACUGGAGUCCCUCUAUAUUAAACCAAUGGUGGAUGUCCUCGAACGCCAAAACCCUCGGACGCCUUUUGUUACGUCGCCCACAAACAAUGGUGUCUUCGAUACAGAUACGUCCCAAACCUUGUACUUUUUCAUUGAUCUAAAAACGUCUGGACCGAAGACGCUCGGGGCAGUGAUAGCUGCUCUGCAGCCGCUUCGUGAGAAGGGGUACCUUACGACUCUGAAGGGCAACAAAACCAUCACGAAAGGGCCCAUCACUGUGAUCGGAUCAGGAAACACGCCACUGAUUCUGGUUGCACCUGUUGCAGACAGGGACUAUUUCUUUGACGCCCCCCUAGAUUUUCUGCAUACUCCCAUAUAUGCAGGGGUCACCUCUUUGAUUUCCCCCAUAGCGUCAGCAGGUUUUAAGCGUGCGGUUGGGGCGAUCAAUUCUAGCGACGAGGAUUCUGUUCUGAGUAAAAAGCAACUGAAAACCCUUCGUUCCCAAAUUAAGACAGCGAAGGACCGAGGAAUUGGUGCUAGGUAUUGGGGCACUCCUCACUAUCCAAUCUCGACACGCAAUGCCGUCUGGAGAAGCCUUCUGCAGGAAGGGGUUGCGUUGCUGAAUGCAGAUGAUCUGGAUGCUGCAGCAGGCUACUUCUGA